UUUUGGUUUGAAACUACAGCGACCAGCGACCCGGUCGGAAUAUGCAAUGAGACAAUGGUGUGGGAACGAACACUGCCAACUGUGAUCUAUCUCAAUCGACAUGACGUUUAUCGCUUUGUUAUCACGUUUACGGACAACUGUUCUGAACCAAGAAGAAUAGAAGAAGAGUGUUUUGAUCAGGCUCAUUUGUCUAUCCACGCCACGAGUCGUGACUACCUUCGUGUUGUCGUAAAGAAAACGGUCAAUUAUGUCUACAACAGUGUUCAGUACACGGUCGAGGUUCGAGAUCGCGGUGCUCAGACCCUGCAGCAUCGGCCUGGUGAAGGGAUGCUGACCAACGGUUUGCACCUACAGGGAUGGCACAGAUCAAGAAAGUGUAUUUCAAAUGAGACAAAUAAUAUGUUGUACAAUCACCCUCUGACAGUACAGUUGGGUUGUCCACCAGGACUGCGUAUCUCGUUUGACGCUAGAUCGACUGCCGCAGUCUCUGAUCCACAUUGGAAUGAGAAGUGUGACGGACCGCAGCAAAUUAGUCCAUGUUUUGAUUACGAAACUGUGUUCAGACCACAGUUCAGAGUUGAGGAUCUUGUGACUGAAACUUCUAGUUUAUUCGAUAACUUGUACAGUGUGAACGUUAUUGGUAUGGGAACUGGAUUGACUGAAACGUCGAUUACUUUGUUCACUGAUGCAGAAAGACUCAACUACAAUUCAGUAAAUGGAAAUAGUGCACUGUGGACAAGGUCUGAUGGACAAACAACCAGAGGGUCUGUUUUCCAAGGAAGUACCAUGAAUGGAAUAAGUUGGGUUUGUGGUCCUGGCUCCCCAUGUAAUGAGCUCAAACCAGCUAGUGCUACAGCACCAAUCAAACUGUACCUACUGAUAGAAUUUUCAAAUAGAAAUGUGAGCCAAGAUUACUGUGAUUUCACUUUUCAAUUUAUAAUUCAGCUCAGGUCUAUCCCAAUUGGAUCUAUAACCACCAUCACUGCCUUACUGGCAAGUUUCUCGUCAUUGGUCACCCUGUUGCUUGCUAUGUACACGUUUCAUUCCUUUGCAAUUGGAAGCAAACUGCAAACUUUGCUGCAUCGAGUGCAGCUUUGGAUGCAUCGUGCUCUUCAACGAUUUAGAGUGCAUCCAGCUUUUGCCACUGGAGAAGGGUGACACCAAGAUAGGAUUUGGAGAACUUGUCUAUACUGUUAUUGCUUGCUUGUUCAGACAGUCAAUUAAUAAUGUAAAUUGAAGUCAGUGAACAUUUUUGUCUUAGAAUAUGGUAGUGAUAUAGUCAAUAACUUUCUUGUUACUCUUUGAGGCUGUUUCUAUUCUUAUGCAGUACAGAUGUGACUUAUCGUAUAGAACUGACAAAUAGUCAAAC